CACACACACACACACACCAUGGCGCACCAGGGACUGGACUGGACCUUGACGGGAAUGGAGAAGGGAGGGGCAGCUGUACUGUCAUACUUUGACCAAAGUGGACUGUUGUCGUUUGGAUUGGAUGGGACCCGGGAAUUAAAACGGAGGAUACGAUACAAUGCUCCUGCGAUUCUGCCACGUCCUGUUAAUCGUACCGUGCGUGCCAAUACUAGAGCUCUCUCUCUCUCUCUCAGCUUUGCACGUCUCUCUACCUUGGUGCUUGCAAAGGCCCCUCCCUAUUCAUGCCGGAGGAGAUAGCUACCGAGCAAGAAGCUCAGCUGUCUCCGAGUCGAUGCUCCAGCUGCCAGGAGGAGAUGUUCAAAAGUACAGGGUACAAGGUACAGGUUUGCUGACGUUAAGCCGGAAGCGACUUGGCGGGAGAGACCCGCACAUCACCCCCGGUACCGCUCCUGAUUUGCUGACAUGGGCCUUCUGACGCUUGUCA